AUAAACCUACGACUCAUUUUAGUCAGUGGAAAGACGAAAGAGUUCCUCUUCUCUCCCAACGACUCAGCAGCAGACAUCGCCAAACAUGUUUAUGAUAACUGGCCGAUGGACUGGGAAGAGGAGCAGGUCAGCAGUCCAAACAUCCUGAGGCUCAUCUACCAGGGACGUUUUCUACACGGCAACGUAACACUAGGAGCUCUCAAACUGCCCCUGGGGAGGACCACCGUGAUGCAUUUAGUUGCCAGAGAGACUUUGCCCGAGCCAAAUUCCCAAGGUCAGAGGAAUCGGGAGAAGACCGGGGAGAGUAACUGCUGCGUCAUCCUGUAAAUAACACARCUCCGCUGCCAACCUGCCACCUCUUCCUGUCCGUUCAUGUCAUCAGCGUCCCGGACCCACGGAGCUCGUCCCCUCGUCCUGAAGCCUGUCCACKGUGCGGAGACGCAAAACAGACAAACGCACUCAUGUCUGCUUUCUUUUUUUUUUUCUUUAGUUUUUUAAAUUUAAUUUUUUAAACCUGCACCACCACUUCAUCACGCACACAUUCACACACAAACAGGACGACAGCAGCCUCAGACUGAUCUGACACGAGGAAUCAGGGAGCAGGAAAUUGAUUAACAAUAGAGCUGAUUUCUUUGUUGUACUUGAUUUGUUCUAAUAACAGAAAAUAAGAGGAAGGAACUGGAUAUGCAUGUGUUUCUGUUUUUUUUAAUAUUAUUUAAUUUCCUUAAGCCUUCUGCCACACACACACACAUAUGCGACACACCUUUUAUAUCCAUCCAGCCAAGUUUGCGUGUGGCCUUGUUCUUUCAUACACGACGCCGCCGAGACGUUUAACCACUAAGCUCUGCAGAAAACCUCACGACGACUCUCGGUCUGUCCGUCCCGACCGCUCUGUGUUUGUGUGACGAUGAAGCGUGCCUGAUCAGAAAACACACACACACACACACACACACACACACACCUUUUUACUGCCCUCCUCUCCAUGUGCCCUUAAAGGUCGCAAAAAGUGAGAGAAACCUUUUUUUUUGUACAGACCGAACGCCUCCCGUCUUUCAUCUCAUUUUUAGCCAAAUGAAGCCUAACAAGCAAACAAACAAAGAAACAAGCAGUAUUGCCUUGGAUAUUUGUUUAUACACCUCUUCUUUUGUUUUUUUUUUUUUGUUUUUACAGAUCAUGCAUGUAACUAACCAGCUGAGUGAUAUUAUAAUAGUAAUAUUUAAACAAACGGACAAAAAAAAAAGAAACUAAGUCAGUUUUUCUUCUCUCGAUCACAUCCUGCUCCCUUCUCCAUCAGUGUUGUGAAGGAUCUCGGACAGUAAAAGAGAAAUAAUCCUCCCCCUCAGUCUUAAUCUGCUCCUUGUUCUUUUUAACUCUGCAUUAAUGUGUCCGUUUUGCACGAGCGAGGCGCGUGCUCUUUCACCCGAUUAAUGCAAACGUGUAAAAAGGUUUUUAUUUUCUAUGUUUCCAAUGGAAGUGAUGCUCCAAACUAAGGCGAAAUAUGUGUAGAGUAUAUUUAAUAUGAAAUCUUCUAUAGGACAUGAACGGUUUUAGCUCCUGGUGAUAUGACAUUAUAUUGGUGUUUUAGUCUUGGAUUGUGUUUACGGUUAGCUUCUAGCCAGCUCACAGUCGCUCACUGACGAUGUCUCGUGUUUAAUAGCUGAAAAAAAAGAGUGAAAGAAAGAAGAAUCCUCCCWAAUUAAUGAUGAACUGAUUUUUAUUCUCUUCUUAUUUGUUUAUAAUUUAAUCUAAUCCUUUUACUUUGUGUGUUUAUGUUUUAUUUCGCAUUAAAGAAUUGCUUUGUAACAGCACUAGGUCUUAAAGAUUAUUGUUUAUAUUGAUCAGGGUUCAAAUCUGUACAGAGAAACAUUUUCAAAACCCAAAUGUAAAUAGCACUAAUGCUCCCUCUUCUUCUUCUUCCUCCUCCUCCUCCUCCUCCUCUUUCUCCUCCAAUCUUCAAAAUGGAAAACAUCUGUAAACUAAAUAAAGGUUAUUGAAGUGCGUUUU